UCUUACAUGGCUUGUAUAAAAGUAUAGGAUUAGUAUGAACGCAGAAGAAACCAACAUGAUUACAGGUCACGGCAAAUAGUUAGAAGAGAUGGGGUCACUUCAGGUGGACCAAGGGUUUGUCUGUAUUUUAAUUAAAAGUGUCCAUAUUUAUAUGUGGUGUAUGUGAAGUUACAUAUCAUCUAGUGAAGACUACACCGCCUCUUGACAAGGAGCUUGGUUUUAUCAUUUGGCUCAAGAUGCAUACCCUCAAGUAGAAGGUACAUAGUCUUUUGGUGAAGCCUUCUCUUAGACCAUACUUCUAUAGUUCUAUCUCAACGUGUUCAUAGCUUACAAAGAAUACAAUCUGAUUUCUUUCCAGCAUCUGUGGACAACGAUUCUCUGUUUGUCUCCUUGCAACACCCCCUUCAGUUUUAUCCUCCAAUUUUAACAUGUCUUCUGUUGCCUCAACUGCUCCAACCUCUCCUACUACCUCUGAACUUAUUGAUAGAUUUCUUAAAACUAGCGAGGAUGCACCAGAUUUCAAUCUAGAACAACUAGUCCACAUGAUUGACAGUGUUACUUCUCAAUACGACACUAAGGGGAAAUGAAAUCCAUCUUUUGGGAAAUUAAAUUAUGGUGCAGCUGGCCUCCCCUCUGCAGCACAUACAUCCAAAUUCUCCGAAGACGUGUCAAAGCAUGUCAACAUCAUUUCUCGCCAGAUAUCAAAGUCUCUUGGAGAUAAACAUGGGACAACUAUAGCAGUGUUGAUACCUUUGGAAAUAUGCAUUGGGUUGGAGUGGGCUUCUUGGUGGUCGCUGCUGUUUUACAAAGGCUGGAUACAAUUGAAUCUAACAGAAUGGAGCGCUUGAAGCUUCUCAAGUCUAUGAAUAAUUUAUGCAAAGUAAUUAUGCAACUCAAGCGUCUUCCUCAUCUAAAAAAUGAGAUGCAGACAAGGAUAAAAGAAUCUAUACAGUUGAUAGUUGAAGGAGCAAUAUUGUGUUGUUUUCAAAAGAAAAGAAAAACACUUGGAAGGUUGUCCAUGGCUUCAAAAGACAAACAAGACCUUGAAGAACUUAGCUUUCAAGUGGAUGAGAUGCGCAAGACAUUAAAUGAACAGAUUAAUGUUUGUAUUUUAGAUGAUAUUCAUAGCACUAUGGGAAGCAGCGCCUCACAGGCUCCUUUCUUGAAUGAUGCAGUUGGGAUAGAGCAACAGAUAACUAAAGUCGUUGAACUACUUGAUUUGGAAAAUGACAAGCCAGUUGUAGCAGUUGUUAUACAUGGAAUAGGAGGUGCUGGGAAGACGACUCUAGCUGAUGCAGUUUAUGUAUCUCUGCAAGAGAAAUUCCAUGGUUGGAAACAUUCCAAAGCUACUCUCAUCCAAAACCUAGACUUAGAUCCCAAAAUAGAGGAGCUGCAAUCCCAGAUUGUACAGGAUUUGACUGGUGUGAAGCAAAAGGUAAGAGACUAUAAAAGUGGACAGCAAUGCUUAAAAGAAAUAAUGGAAAAAGAAACUGUCUUCUUAUACAUUGACAAUGUCUUGAGGAGAGACCAUCUGGAGAAGCUUCUACCUAAGGAGAUAACAGGUCCCAAAAAAAUACGGAUGCUUCUAACAGCUAGAAAAACAAAUAUAUUGGGAGUGGUUGAGGACUGCAGGAUUAAACCCUGUAAAAUUUAUCCUAUGGGACCUCUUUCUCUUGAAGCAGCCCUGCAAGUGUUAUGCAAAAAGAUAGACAGAGAACAGGACAUCAAUUCAAUAUUGGAUGAAAGCCCUCAGGCCAAGGAGAUAGCAAAGAAAUGCAGUUGCUGUCCUCUGUUUUUGGAAGUAGUAGGAGCAUAUCUCCAUAAACGAAAGAACAAAGAUGAAGCUUAUGAAAGAGUACUCAAUUGGCUCCAAUGUGGAGAAGCUUUUAGUGGCUACAAGGAAGAGAGUUUCGAUGAAUCAAGGAUUCUCUUUGUAUAUGAGGAGCUUCAACCAAGUUCUCAAGCGGCCUUCCUUGACAUAUGCUCAUUCUUCUAUAAUUGGGAGUGGGAAGAAGUUGCGUGCAUUGUAGGAGAGGAAGAACUAGAAAGCCUAGAAGAGGGGGCUCUGCUCAAAAGAAUAGAGCUUGAAGAAGGUUAUGAUGUCAAAAGAAAAGUAAACAGGAUAAGUAUUCAUGAUCUUCUUCUAGCGGCUGGUCGUAAUAAAUCAAAAGGCAACCGUUUCAAUGAUUUAGGUGAUUUUUCUGCAGUCCUGAACAAUGAACAGGCUCUCCGCCAAAUAAAAGGAGUUUGGUUGGGAUGGAAUAAGAAGCCUUUUCAUCUAUUAGCAGAAAAGCUAGAUGCGAUGUGUGGGUCUUUACGAGUAUUUGCAAUGGGAGACUCAAUAAUUGUGAAAGGAAAAUGCAGUCAACAAUUUAAUGAGUUAAGGUUUCUUCAAGUGGGAAAAGUGCCCAAUCUUCCAUUUGAUAUAUCAAGGUUAAAGCGUUUGACAUUCAUGGAUUACAACUCUGCGGGCAACACGGUGUUAGAUCUGUCCAAGAUACAAUCAAAACUCAAAGUGCUUAAGCUCUCAGAACAAGGCAAGAGCCUUCAAAAUCUUGAAAUCAAUCCAUACACAGUAGCAGUAUUGAAGGACCUACGAAUAUGUGCCUGGCGCUUUUGUAAAUUGCAAAAACUGCCAAAAGCAUUUCAGCAGCUUAACAAAUUACAGCAGUUAGAUUUGUCAAAAUGCGAAUUCACAGAAAUUCCUGAGAGUUUUGGUCAAUUAUUUGCUUUGGAAAAGCUAAACCUGUCCUUUUCUCAAAAUCUGAAAGAAUUACCAGAUUCAUUGGAGAAGCUCCAAGCUUUGCAGGAGUUGGUUUUGAGUUAUUGUAGGAAUCUGAAGAAGUUGCCAGAAGGGUUUGGCAAAUUGAAGGCUCUCACUAAGCUUGAUUUAACAUACUGUGAGAAUUUGCAGGAGCUUCCAGGCAGUUUUGAUAAGCUUUACUCAUUAAGGUCGCUGUGGUUAGAACAUUGCAGCAGUUUAUUUGGGCUCCACGAAAGAAUUGGGAAUUUAACAUCCUUAACUUCUUUACGGUUAGGUGAAUGUGCAAAGCUGAGAAGUAUUCCGGAAAGCAUUGGACAGUUGACAUCAUUGACAGGGUCCAUAUCAUUUAGUGGGUGUUCAAGUUUGACAGAAGUACCAGGAGAAAUUUGCAAACUUACAAUGAUUAAAAAAAUUUCACUGGGGAGGUGCUCCAGUUUAAAGAUGCUUCCCAGUCGGCUCAUAGAAAUCAGUUCCCUUCAAGAUUUAGACUUACAUGGAUGUGAAAACUUACAAGAAAUGUGUAAUAACUUCCAUUGCUUGGUAGCAUUAAGAAAAUUAAACAUGGUCAAUUGCUGGAGUUUAUCAAAGCUACCAGAAGGUUUUGGUAAACUUAGAUGUUUGCAGGAGUUAUGUUUAUCAGGAUGUCGCAAGUUAGAGGAAUUGUGCAGUGACUUCCAUUGCCUUAGAGCAUUAAUAAAAUUAGACUUGUCUGAAUGCAGUAGUUUGAUGAUACUUCCUGAACAAUUUGGUGAUCUUGCUUGCUUGGAAGAGUUAGAUCUGUCAAGAUGCUUUCAGUUGCAAUCUCUCUCUGCAAAUUUCCAUUCCUUACCAUCCUUAAUAAGACUGGGACUCAUAAAUUGUGAGAGGUUAGAAGGGAAAUGGAUGGAUAGUGUUGUGGCAAUUGAAAGCCUGUGGCGUGUAGACAUCAGUGGAAGUGAAAGGAUGAUCCAACGGUGGAUGGAAAUGCAAAGGGAGAAGGAUAACUGCCAUCUGGUAGUGGUAACAGGAAAAUUGCAGGAGAGUCAUAGUUCUUUAAAGCAACAAUAUCAAAGUUCUUUAGGGAAGAAAGAAUCCUCAUCGACUCUCAUCAACAUCCAUUUUGUUCAUCCUCUCUUCAGCCAGAGACCGCUCUCAUCUUGAUCAUUAGUUUGCG